AUGGUGUGGGCCAGCCAGAGCCAUCGAUCGGGGACGGACGGACGGGUUGCUGGUCUGCUAGUCCCCCCGGUUGCACUCGUCUGGACUAUAGCGGCUAUUGCUGCUGUACUACCCGUACUACCCGUACUACCCGCCCGUACUGAACAUUUCCUGGGCUCGUUAUUCCUCCCAGCGCUAUUGAUCCUCCCAGCAGGUGCUGUGAGAGAGCGAGCUCCGCACAGUGAGAACACCUUUUCCCUAUCACAUCUUCACUUAAUCACUCAGACCUCAAUUCGACGGGGUUCACAGUCCGCCCCCGUCCAACGACCAGCCCCCCGUUUAACCCAUUCGGUAGCCUUUGUUCAACGCUCGCGAACAUUUCUUCUAGGGAAUUCUUGUCCACUCGCAAUUCCUUUCGCUCUGUUUAUUGUCGUUUGUUUAGUAAACGUAGUGUUCGUGACAGUCUUUCAACUAUGA